AUGAACCAACAACAAAUUCAAAGGCAAGAAGCCGUGACUGCUUAUGAUAGACAAGUAACCCAUGAAAUCUUUCAUGACACGAUGGAAUUCUUGGAAAAGUAUAUUGAGAUAGCCGGUUAUUAUCCUGAUUGGCAUGCAAGAAGGCAAUUUCCUAAUAAUGAAGUUAAAAGAACUAUUGAUGGACCUGAAGACGCUGAGGAAUGUUUUUCGAUUGUAUUACUUGGGCUUAAAAAUACAAUUAAGCAUAAGCCUCCUUUUAUUCAAGAGGAAAUUAAACAAGAGUUCUACCGUUGGAUUAGCUCCACUGGAAUCAAUGAAAAUAAUUCCCCUGAAAGAUUACAACAUAUUUUGUUUGGGUUUCAUGAAAUAUUAGAGGGUAGAAGCGAAAAGUUUGAUAAAGAUUUAAAAAAUAGCAAACAAACUCUUGAUCAUAAUUCCCCUGAAUAUGCUAAAGAAUUAACCACAUUUUUUGCCGCCUUUCAAGAACCAUUACAAAAUCAAAGAGAUAUAGCAGAGUCUCUCGAAGGCAAAAAGCAUGAUGAAAUUAAUAUUGAAAAUAAAUUUAAUGGCACAGUAGAACAAGGUCAAGGAAUUCUUGAAAAAAUGGCUAAUUUAGUUAGAAGCUUGCCUGAGAACUUUAAUUUUUUUCAGCAAGAGGAUCAAAAGGAGAUUAAUGCCAAUGGACAGCCAUCCAAAAAUGAACCAGCUGAAAAUGAUGAUCACAUGAUUACUGAUAAUGCCAAUGGUGAGCCACCCAAAGAUAAACCAGCUGAAAAUGGUGACGGCAUGGUUACUGAUAAUGCCAAUGGUGAGCCACCCCAAGAUAAACCAGCUGAAAAUG